UAUAAAUUCCCCCCCGGUCCAUAAACAUUUCAUCAGACAAAUUUGUACAUCUUGCCUCUCUGUGUUCUCUUCCACAGAACCAGACAUUAUGAGACUUCUUCUCCUUCUUCUUCCUCUUCUUCUUCCUCUUCUUCCUCUUCUAUUCCUUCUCCCCUUCUCAGAUGGGGGAGGCCUCAUAGAGCAGACCUGCAAGCUCACCCCCUUCCCGGACCUCUGCCUCUCCGCCCUUCACUCGAGCCCCGGCAGCUCUUCCACUGACCUACACGGCCUUGCCGGGAUCAUGGCCAAUUCAGUCCUCCAGAACGCGAACCAGACCCUGGACCAGAUCCAGCAGCUGCUCGACCGGUCCCCUGCCGACCCCGAGACCGAGCAUUCCCUGGCCUACUGCGCGGAGCUGUACAUUCCGGUGGUAAAGUACAACCUUCCCCAGGCUAUCGACGCACUGAGCAAAGGGAGGCUCGGGUUCGCAGCCUAUGCGAUCAAUGACGCCGUGAACGAGGCUCAGGAAUGCGAGAAGAAGCUCUCUGGGGGCUCGGAAAGUUUGUCGCAGGUGAGCGAUAGGAAUAAGAUAGUCACGAAUAUGGCGGCAGUGGCACUGGCUAUCAUCAAAGUGUUGCAGAAGGGUUUUUGAUGAUUGAUGAUUCACAAUAUGAAUGUAAUAGUAAUUCUUACGAUUAUCUCUCAUUGAUCUUGAUACUGUAAAUAUCUAAUAAUAAUGUGUGUGUGUCUCUCUCUCUUUCCCGUUCGAUAUCGACAUGAUUUCCGAAAAUACACCAUUUCUAGUUC